AUGUCUGGACGCAGCGCCUACGUGCGCAAAAAGAUUACCGAGACGAAGACGGGGGAGCAACAAGGUCAUGGUAGAGCCCGGGCAAAGUCAACCACCAGCUCCGACAAUGUCACCAUUAGCGAUUACCCGAUAGGGUCCAUGCCAGCGCUCCGCCAGGAGAGGGAUCUUGUGACAGGGGUCGGAACAACAAACGCGCGAUUCUUGAAGUUCUCUGAGCAUGCUCGCGAAGAUGAGAUGAUGGCAUAUCGAGGAGACGUUCCCUCCUAUGUCCCUCAGAGCAGUGGAAGUCAGAGUGGAUCCAGUGUGGAUGGACGACGAGACGGCGCAAGCACUUCCCAGCGGAAUAGGCCGCUCAACGAUUUUGCCUAUGCUCGUGCGCGGCGGCCGGUCAUCAAGACGGAAGAUGUGUCAGGGAUAGAAAAGUCCGGGCUGCGAAGCAUGCUGGACAAGAGGAGUGAUGAUUUUCGGAAGGGGUUGGCCAAGACUUUUGCUUUCAAGAAGAAGGACAAGAAGGGGAGCAACGCUGAGAAGGCUGGCGACUUUAGACCAGAGUCUUCGGCCACUGUGCGACCCUCUCCCAUUUCAGCUGACUUCAACGACGGCUAUGAUGCCGACGUUUCACCCAUCCAGUAUCAACCAUCGCCAUCUGGACCACAUCCCGGGGUUCCUUGGGACGACACAGGAAUGCUGUCACCUCCACCCUCCGGGAAGCUACCACCCACACCGGGCUCCUCAGGAGCGCCUCCUAUCAAGCGGUGGAUAGGAGCUGGAAGACCAGUUCAGCGCUGGAAUAAGCUGCGGAAGGAUCCAGAGCUGUGGGACCCCAACGGAGAUGUGCUGGUGUUCUUUGGGACCAAGGGUCAAUCUCCGCGGCCAAACCCGUCUUUUCGCUUGUCUUCGCACAUCAUUGAGGCGACCGAGUCUCGGUUCCUCAUUACACUUUUACGAGAGGGCUCGACAGAAGAGGAUAUCCACUUGCCACCAUCGCCUGCCGGCGCACCACCGAUGCUGCAACGGCAUAACACACACGGGCAACAUCUUGCUGCAGGGGGCAUCGGUCGUGGCGGGCACCCGACACCACCAGUUUCGGAAGACAACAGCUGGGAGGCUGACGGGCAGAUCUCGUACGAAAUGUACUUCCCAACCCCCGUCAGCAUGAGCAAACUUGACCAGUUUCGACAUCACAUUACUACCCGCAACGUGUUUGCAAUGCUCUACCACUCCUCCCUUGUUGGCUUGUCGUUAUACCAAGCUCUGACGGAUCUUCACUCAAGACUGGAGUCAUACAUGCCACCCGAAACUGACAAUGUUGGCACCAUUCUCAACUAUCUGUCUGCCCGCGGUACUGAUGAUGUGCGCAAUGACCCAGAGACUGCCGUCAGCCUGCUGGCCUGGAGCGAGCAGAGCGACGUCCGGUGGGAGGAGGGCUGGCGCGAGAGCUUCUUGCAUUGCGCGGGGAUGUACUCACGGCUUGAGACUUGCUCUGAUUUCCGAUAUCUCACUCCUAUCACCAGAGCUCUUCUCGAACGCGCGUGUCUCGAGACACAGCUUCGUGUUCAAGCAGCGGAGGAGCGUCUCGCUGCCUUCCAGUACAGCGACAUGUGGCCGGCAGCUGUGGCCACAACAGCCAGCACCAGUGGUCCUGUUGGUGCUGCGCCAGCCAAAGCAGCUGCCGACAGACUGCAGAACUUUUUCGUUCAGUACUACACUCGGGAAUAUGGCUCCUGGCCGCCGCCACUAUCACCCUCGGGAGGAGCAGAUCCUUAUGCCACGGCAAUGGUCCAAGGAGUACUGGAAGAAGAGGAAGACAUCUGGCUCACCCGGACGGUCGCUCAAGCCUUGCAAAAGGACUUUGCCGCGCUAUACGACUACCUCGUCAACCGGGACAUUGUCUGGGACGUGUCGGAAGCACGCUCCAGCAGGAAAUGGAUGAUGGUCAGCGAAAGCGGCAACCGAGCCUUUGAGGCCGACACCGAAGACCUCCCGAUGACGGACAUGCUCAUCGAGUUUGACAACAAACACCGCUUCCCUCACAUCCCGCACCCUUAUCCCCUCGUCCCGGAAUCCAUCCCCCCCUCUCUCAACCCAAACAAGGACACGUCAUCCACCAGCGGAGGCGGCAUGUUUGGUAAUAAAUCCUCCAAAAAGCCCACCGCCACAACCACCCGUGCUGGUGCGCUCGACCGCCGCAUCCAACUCGCCUACACUGAAGCAACCAACAUCUGCAUCCUCGGCUCAGACUUCACCCACUCCGACCUCCUCGAUGCCUUUUCCAAGUUUGAGAAAUCCGACAAAAUCUCCGAAGUUGACCCCGCCACUGCCCGACGGGGCCGAUGGGUUCUUGUCUAUGGUAUCCUCCAAACCCUCGCAUCCGUCUCGGUUGACGCCCCCAACGUCCGCUACCGCGACAAUGUUACCUACCACCUCUCUCCCCGGCUCAAAGGCAACACCAAGCUCCCCCCGUGGAAAGGCUCUUCCAACCCCUCGGCCAACCCAGAGGCAUCCCACGAGUUGUCCCACUGCUGGGUCAUCCCCCAUACUUGGCGAGCCACUUCCCAGCACGGGGGGAGCAGCGUAUCCAACAGCGGAGCGGAAGAAAACUCGACCGACGAGCAAGACGAUUUUUACCCGGCUUAUGGCUACGGUGGGAGGUCGUAUAACUUCCCCUUGCCGUCCUCCCGGGCGCCCAGUUCGGCGGGUGGGUACAGGAAUAACAACAAAUCACUCCGCUCCGGCAGCAGCCGCGCACCGUCUACUGCGUAUAGUAAUAAUUUGUCUUCUGCUGCGUCUGUCAUGUCUCACUCCGAGACUGGCUCCGAGGCGGGGGGGUCGAGUAUCUGGUCGCCUCCCCCUUCCUCGGCCGGGGGUGGAUCACGAAGGGUAACCUCCUCCUCGCGACGCCGGGACAAUGCCAAGAUUUCGGUGGCUCCUGGUGGAGGGGGAGGGAGGUAUAUUGAUCCUGUUGAAGAAGGGGGGUGGGCUGCCCCGGGGCAGACCUAUGCCUCCCGCCCUGGGACUGGGACGGGGACGGGGACCGGAGGGUAUAACAACAAGGAGGAGGGGGAUGAUGGGAGGAGUUUUACUACUGCUUAUACCAGUCGCGGGGGGGAGAGGGAUGGGAGCCGCGUGAGGGGGGGGAGUGGGAAGAGGGAGAGGAGCAGUCCGCCGGUGAUACGGGAUUUCGACUUUGAUGGGUUGGAUGUUAUUGAUGAUCAUGCUCCUUGA